GUGUUGGCAAGGUGUAGAACGUAUGGUUAAUACUGCCUGUGUCGUGAAGCGCUAGGUAUUGACGAGACAGGACGGCGACCCAAAACGUGUCAGGUCCCUCAAGAAAGGCAAAAGGCAAAGGCCUACAUCGCAUGGGCACACCGUGGUUCUGAACUGGCGGAGGUCGACUUCAACCAAAGCUGUCCAUACGGGUUGCGUAACGUGGACGGCAACGUGGAUUGCGAGGGACUUACGAUGACCGACGGCGCUAAGAAUGAGAACUCCUGUCCCGAAGUGACGAGAUAUGAGCGGCAUACUCGCCUACAAGAGGCGGCCCCUAAGGACAGCAAGUUCGAGCCAAAAGAUACAGCGUACUUUUCGUACUACUCGCUCCUCAGCCAUCAAGCGCAAAUGCUACAGGACACCACCCGCACAUCCGUUUAUCAACGAGCUAUCCUGAGCAAUGCGGAAGACUUCUUUAAUGGGAGAAUCGUUAUGGACGUUGGUGCUGGUAAUGGAAUCCUAUCUCUAUUCUCGGCACAAGCAGGCGCCUCUGCUGUGUACGCCGUGGAGGCGUCCAAUAUGGCCCAACGAUUGCAGACUCUGCUAAAUGCUGCUAAGAUACCUUCAACUGAAGAGCAGAAAAGAGAUGGGCUCGUGUGUGCGCAGAGCGGCCAGAUAGCUAUCGACAUGGACGGACCUCGCAAGCCAUCGAAUACCUGGUUGAAAGGGAGGGUGAAGGUUGUGCACUCCAAAAUGGAAGACGUUACACCAGAACUACUAGAUGGCAACGAAAAAGUGGACACGAUUGUCAGCGAAUGCCUCGGCGUACUGCUGAUCCACGAAAGAAUGUGCGAGUCAUUCAUUGACGCGCGUGAUCGGUUCUUGAAACCUGGAGGCGCCAUGUUUCCUUCUGCUGGCACGAUCUGUCUGUGCCCUAUCGAGGACAAGCAGCUUUGGGUGGACACGAGCAAGAAGGCGCAAUGGUGGUGUAACGAGGACUUCUAUGGCCUCGACUUGACACCGCUGGCGGACGCAGCAUGGGAGGAGACUUUUGCGGCUGCGAUUGUCGGCUACUUUGCACCCUCUGUAUUGCUCGCCACCUCGUCUGACUACACCAUCGACUUUACUACAAUUACGAAAGAGGCGCUGCAAUCCUUCGAGAUGCCUGUGGAAUGGAGCUUUGCGCAAGCUGCCGUUGUCCACGGUCUGGGCGGCUGGUUCGACUUGCACUUUUUACCAUCGUCAAGCACAACCCUAGGCCUUUUGAGCGGUGGCAGUAUCUCUAAUGCGCCACCUCCAAUCUUCAAGCCUGAUCUCAAAAAAGAGGAGAACAUGGUUGAUGCCACCGCCGAAGAGCUCGCUGACCCGACGUCAGCACCGCUCUCCUCGACAUCAACUUCCGUGUACGGCGGGAUGCACGCCUCCGCAGCUUCGUUCCAGCCGUCGCCAUUACGUGCUGCCUCAUUAGACGCCGUCAUUUCGGGUUUCUCAGUGGCUCCAUCGACCAGUUACAUGACGACCAGUCCUUAUGCCGCUGUCACACACUGGCAGCAGGUUCGCUUCCUGCUCUCAGACCCGAUUGCUGUUAACAAGGGGCAGAGACUUGUGGGCAAAAUUCUCUUUGAAGCCAAUGACCAGAGAUCCUACGACAUGCAUGCGGAGCUAUAUGUCGCAGAUGCAUCCGGUGCGCCGUGCAAAAAUCACUCCUUGAAGCGAUCAGCCUUUUGGAAGCUGGAUAGGCAGACGUACUGCUGAAAAUCUUCGAAAUAAAUCAGUCUGGAGUCCGA